GAUUUUUUCGCUUUACUAAAAACAACCUCUUCAACCUUCUUCCGCCACCUUUUCCAUCUUCUCUCUCUACAUUUUCUAGUGCGAGAAACAUUUUCAAAAUCCAUUCAAAUUCAAAAACCAAUCUUUAUCCCAUUCCAAACCACACCCACAAUUUAUUUCUUCAUUUCAUCAAAAGGGUGGGUAUCAAAUUAUAUAACUAGAAUACAGCUGAUACAAAAAAUUAUUGUUUUUUUAAUUUUUUUUGGCAUAAACUAUAGAACCCAGUUUUUUUUUUAAUUGUUUGAAGGAAACCCAGAAUUUGGUUGUGGAUUUUAACAAAAGGGUAUGAAACAAAUUGUAGAAUUGUACAUGAAAAAGAUGAUUUUUUGUAAAAAAAAUUAGCCGUUUUCUGCCGAGCGUUUAUACCAUUUGAGAUGUACCUCGUUGGUACUGUGAGCUAAGUGUUUGAUAAAUAUUACAAGAAUUAUGGGUGUUUCAGGGGGUGUAAUUGGAGUUUCAGGUGGUAAUGGGAGCAGUAUUAGUAGUAAUAAUAGUAAUAAUAGCUGUAUAGUAAAUGGGAAUUCUUCUGGUGAAAAGAUGAGUUGGUGUAGGUGGAGAUGGGAAUAUCAAAACCAUUUGCUUCAUCAUAGAUUACUAUCCCCAGCCUUUGUGUUCUUCAUUUGUUGUUUGGUUUUGUAUGGUUCAAUUGGUUUUUUGUAUAGUUGGGUUAUGUUUAGUAAACCUGCUGCUGUUGCUGGUGAUUUUAAAAGUGGUUCUGUUAUGGGUUUAAACUCUGUUGGUUGUCUUGAAGAUAAUGAAGGUUCUUGGUCUAUUGGUCUUUUUUAUGGGGACUCUCCUUUCUCUUUGAAGCCUAUUGAAUCUAUGAAUAUGUGGAAAAAUGGAAGUGCAGCCUGGCCUGUAGCUAACCCAGUUCUAACCUGUGCUUCAGUCUCAGAUAUUGGCUUUCCCAGUAAUUUUGUUGCUGACCCUUUUCUUUAUGUUCAGGGAGAUAAUCUUUACCUAUUUUAUGAAACGAAGAGUUCAAUUACUCUGCAAGGUGACAUUGCAGUUGCAAAAAGUGUUGAUAAGGGAGCAACGUGGCAACAAUUAGGCAUUGCCUUGGAUGAGGACUGGCAUCUCUCAUAUCCAUAUGUGUUUGACCAUCUUGGAGAAAUAUAUAUGAUGCCUGAGGGAAGUGAGAAGGGCGAUCUUCGACUCUAUCGAGCAGUUAAAUUUCCGUUGCAGUGGAAACUGGAAAGGAUUCUUAUUAAAAAGCCACUUGUUGAUUCUUUUGUCAUCAAGCAUGGUGGAGAAUUUUGGCUUUUUGGUUCAGAUCAUAGCGGUUUUGGAACUAAGAAAAACGGACAGCUGGAAAUCUGGCAUAGUAGUUCGCCUCUUGGCCCUUGGAAACCACAUAAGAAGAACCCAAUUUAUAAUGUUGAUAAAAGCUUUGGAGCUAGAAAUGGAGGCAGACCAUUUGUGCAUGAUGGUAACCUUUACCGCAUUGGUCAGGACUGUGGUGAUACAUAUGGUCGGCGAGUGCGAAUUUUCAAAGUGGAAACUCUUACAAAGGAUGAAUAUAAAGAAGUUGAAGUUUCUUCGGGCAUUAAAGAAUCUAGCAAGGGACGUAAUGCCUGGAAUGGUGCUCGCUACCAUCAUCUUGAUGUGCAGCAGCUAAGUACUGGUGAGUGGAUUGGGGUUAUGGAUGGGGAUCGUGUACCUUCUGGAGAUUCCGUGCGUCGAUUCAUACUCGGGUGUGCUUCCUUUGCAGCAGUCACAGCAAUUGUUGUAGUUUUGGGUGUGCUGCUUGGAGCUGUAAAAUGUAUUAUCCCCAUCAAUUGGUGUGCUUACUAUUCCGGGAAAAGAAGUGACACUACGCUUUUGGUCUGGGAGAAGCCAAAUCAGUUUUCUUCAAAAGUAAGACGGUUCUGUGGCCGUUUGAACAGAGCAGCUUCAUCUCUCCGAGCAAAAAUUAGGCCUAAUACUUGGGCUGGAAGAUUGGCCGUGGCAGUGAUAUUUAUAGUUGGAGCUGCACUAAUGUGUACGGCUGUUAAAUAUGUCUAUGGAGGCAAUGGUGCUCAAGAACCUUACCCGUUAAAUGGUUACUACUCGCAGUUUACUUUAUUGACGAUGACAUAUGAUGCUCGCCUCUGGAAUUUGAAAAUGUAUGUUAAGCAUUACUCAAGGUGUUCGUCGGUGAAAGAGAUUGUUGUGGUUUGGAACAAAGGAAUACCUCCUGAAUUGAGUGAUCUCGACUCUGUUGUGCCUAUUAGAAUCAGAGUGGAAAAGCAGAAUUCACUAAACAAUCGGUUCAAAAUGGACCCUUUGAUAAACACUCGUGCUGUUCUUGAGCUUGAUGAUGAUAUCAUGAUGAGUUGUGAUGAUAUUGAGCGGGGGUUCAAUGUAUGGCGACAAUAUCCAGAGCGGAUAGUCGGAUUUUAUCCUCGACUCAUUAGCGGAAGCCCGUUGAAGUAUAGAGGUGAGAAAUACGCCCGCACUCAUAAAGGAUACAAUAUGAUUCUUACCGGGGCAGCUUUCAUAGACGGUAAAUUGGCUUUCGAGAGGUAUUGGAGCGAGGCGGCUAAGGCAGCAAGGGAAUUUGUGGACAAAAACUUUAAUUGUGAGGAUGUGUUAUUGAAUUACUUGUAUGCGAAUUCAAGCUCCUCCAGGACAGUUGAAUAUAUCAGACCGGCAUGGGCAAUAGAUACAUCAAAAUUCUCAGGUGCUGCAAUCAGUCGAAAUACGCAAGCACAUUAUAAGAUAAGAAGUAGUUGUCUUCAGAAAUUCUCGGAAAUGUAUGGAAGUUUAUCCAGUCGGAAGUCGGAGUUCGACCAGCGGAAGGACGGUUGGGAUUUAUAGAGAUAAAGCAAGUCAGUGACUCAUACUCUUCAAUCUUUUAGUAGAUUCUUGUUUGGUUACUAUAGUUGUCAUAUCCCCUGCUGUGAAAAGUUUUUGUUUGACAAGAUGUACAUUAUCCUUUACAUAUUUUGAGAGUUGUAGAUUGGUCUUUUUGUCAUACAUUUAAUUAUAAAAUCAGUUCUUUAUUGAA